AUGGGGGACCGAGAGCGAGACAGGGACCGGGACCGCGACCGAAACCGUGACAGAGAUCGAGACAGAGAAAGACGCCGGGACAGAGACGACCGUGAUCGUGAUCGGGAACGGGACCGGGACCGGGACCGCGUCCGCAGCAAGAGGUCGCGUACACCGGAGCGCAUCAGACCACGCCACACCCGCUCCCGCACGCGCUCGCCGGACCGGUACCGCUCACGCACUCGCUCAGUCUCCCGCUCUCGCUCUCCGGACGACCGGUCCCACCGUCGGCGCCACCACCACAACCGUAGCCCAUCUGCGGAGGCACGCAAGCGGCAGAAGCGCGAGCCGACCGCCGAGGACGAGAGGGAGAGGCAGAAGGCGGCGGUGGCUGACUUCGUCGAGGGCAUCGCGAAGGAGCAGAAAACUCAGCAGAAGCAGAGCAGCGAUGGCGGUGGUGACGAAGGCCUGGACGAGGACGAGAUUGAGAUGAUGAAGAAAUUUGGGAUUCCGACUGGAUUUGACUCGACGAAAGGGAAGCCCGUGCCUGGCGCCGAUGUGAGCGGCAUUAGGGCGGUCACUAAGCGGCAGCCGAGACAGUAUAUGAAUCGCCGCGGUGGAUUUAAUCGGCCUUUGCCUGCUGAACGUAAUCGCUAG